GGAGGAGGGCACAGCGGGAGGGCGAGGCCGGGCGAGGCCGGGCGAGCCCGGGGGCCGCGCGCACACCGCAGUCGCCUCGGCCGCGCGAGCGACGCGAGCCCAGAGCGGCCGGAGCCUCUCCCGUCGCGGCCGCUCGGAGCGGGCUGCCCGGACGGACGGCCGCGCGCGCCGCGGGCUGCCCCGGCAGCCGUGUGCCGAUCUGCCUCUGCCUGGUGCCCAUCCACUUGCUGCAAUGACUAGCCUGCUAACCUCGCCUUCUCCAGGAGAAGAACUGGUGACCACCCCAAUUCUUCAGGCCACUGAAGCCCUGUCCCCAGAAGCCGAGGCCAGCACAGCACUCAUUGCAGUUGUUAUCACCGUGGUCUUCCUCACCCUGCUCUCAGUCGUGGUCUUGAUCUUCUUUUACCUGUACAAGAACAAAGGCAGCUACAUCACCUACGAACCUGCAGAAGGCGAGCCCAGCGCCAUCCUCCAAAUGGAAAGUGACUCAGCCAAGGGCAGGGACAAGGAGGAAUAUUUCAUCUAAUGAUUCCUGGGCCCCAAGGAGCUUCUCCAGGCUCCAGUGCUAACACACUAUUAGGUGAAAGUUUUAUCUGAAACUGGUGAGAAGCAUUGAUUGAUAUGGGCAAACCCGAGCUCCUUCUAGGACACAGGCCCAAAUGCCAGCAUCACUGAUGCCAGGGACACAGAGAAAGCUGUUGAUGAUGUCUUUAGCGAGGCCUUUGUAGUCUAGCUGGUUUCGGUGGCUGCCCAACAAGGUGGAGCAACACCAGGCCACAUGAGCCCGGUCAUCUUCACUUUUUUCAAGGUCGAAGGGAAGGAGAGUUAGGGUCGCUGGCUGCUCCUCUGUCCCCUACCUGAUCUGCUAGUGACAGCUGGAACAGAGAUAGUGUCUGUAGAAGUUCUUCCCAGGUGCUGGAAAGCAUGGUAAAAGGCCAAGUGGGGAGGGGCAGGAGACUAUGGAGUCUCCACCCCCUGAUGAAUGUGCUAUGUCUCCUAAUCUGAGCCCUUCCUUUCCAUAUUCCCCAACAACCUUAUACUGAUGCUAUUUUUAUCACAAUUAAAAAUGUUCAUUGAUACAGAAAUCUGAUUCUUGUGUGCAAGAAAUAACCACCUUUAUAUUUUGACUUAUCCAUACUUAAACUUUUUUGACAUUUUCUUUUGCUUAUUUAACUCGUUUGCAUAUGUUCUCUCCCAAACAUAAAGAACCCUAGGGAAGUUUCAGAAGUUCCCACAACAAUCUCAGGAGUUUGAAACAAAGAUGGUCGUGGGAAGCUUGUCCCAGGGGUGUCAUUAGAAACAUACCCUGGGAGAUGAAAUGGCUUUACCUUCCAUCCUGGCAAGGGCCGGAAUUUCCCAGACCCAUUCUUUUUUUUUUUAAGAUUUUAUUUAUUUGCAAGAGAGAGAAUGAGAGACAGAGAGCAUGAGAGGGAGGAGGGUCAGACGGAGAAGCAGACUCCCUGCUAAGCAGGGAGCCCGAUGUGGGACUUGAUCCCGGGACUCCAGGAUCAUGACCUGAGCCGAAGGCAGUCGUUUAACCAACUGAGCCACCCAGGCGCCCUUUUUUUUUUUUUUUUAAGGUUUAUUUAUUUGAGAGAGAGCACUCUCGAGAGAAAGCAUGAGUGGGAGGGGGUAGGGGCAGAGAGAGAAGCAAGUUCCCCACUGAGCAGGGAACCCAACUUGGGACUCCAUCCCAGGACCCUGGGAUCAUGACCUGAGCUGAAGGCAGAUGCUCAACCAACUGAGCCACCCAGAUGCCCUUCCCAGACCCAUUCUGUGUAUACACGGAGGGAACCAGAAACAAUCUCCCCACCACUCUUCCCACCAGUGUCCUUUGAAUCAAGCCCAGAGAAGCUUCUUGGAUCUUAGUCCCCAAAUGAUAUGUGUUUAAAAGAUAGAAACCAUAGCUCCCCAAAUACUGUUUACUUUGGAAUUAAGCUAAAUUUCCUUUGAGGUCUUAAUUGUUACUGCCUCCAUUGUCCAAGCUCAAUUCCUCCCAAGACCCAAGAGUUGAAGAAUCAAUUUUGACAAUCCUAGUUUUCAGUAUUUCUCCACACAGAACUUUGGAGAAACUGAAGGUCACCUUGAACUUACACAGACUGUCAUACUAAAACAUUUUUCUCAAGUCAAAUUCUAGAGCAAGUUAGGACAAUCAGUCGUUCCCUUAUUUCUAAGCUUAUGUUCUAAGUUUGUUCUGGCAUAAUAGGCUCUUAAGAAUCUGAAAGAGCUUAGGAAGUAAAAUGAAGAAAAGUAAAGCACCUAGAAUGGGACUCAUGAAAAGGUCAAAUCUUGGCCAUGUACUCCUGAAUUUAUUUCAAAGGCUUCAUUUAAAAAACAAAACAAAACAAAACAAAACAAAACCCCAGAAUGACAGCAGCACCUAUCUGAAUUCUGGGUGGGACAUAAAAGAUAUAUGGAGAAGAAAUCUAAAAACAAGUUGAGUAAAGAAUCCUUGAAGUGAGGUGUAAUGCAACUUCAUCACUUUAUUCAAAUCUUCAAAAUAGUCUUUAUUCUACAUUUUUAGUAUAAAAAAUCCACAAGUUAAGUGCACCACAGUGUAGAGAGAGACAUACAACGCUGAACUUCCAUAACAGUCAAUGGUACAGUCAAACAUCACAUGGACAGAACACAAAAUUUAGAUGAACUGAAAUUAUAAAAUAAAAUAAAAUCCAAUUUCAGAAAACAAAAAUCAAAAUAUUAAGGAUCCCUGAAAUAUUCUUAACCCUAAUGAGAUUUCACUGGACUCAAGUCAUUUUGUAGUGAGGGAUUCAUAACAUGACCCCCUUAACCCAGCUGAGGAAUUCUCAGGAGCCAUGAGGGCUUACAUCAGGUACUCUGACAAUCAACAGUAACCAAUUUUUGGAUGGGAAAACUUCCCCUAAUUUGGCUCUGACGUCAUGAGGCUUUUGAAAUGCAUCCUCCUCCUUGCCCCCACAUU